AUGGCUGGGAAGGAGGAUGUGGUUUCAGUGGAGCAGGAGGUGGUGGUUUUAGUGGAGGAGCAGCAGGAAGUAAUGGCUGGGAAGGAGGUGGUGGUUUCAGUGGAGCAGCAGGAAGUAGCUACUGAACAAUUUGGAAAAUCCGCGGAUGGCAGUGAUCAUUCGAGAACCUUGGCUGACUUAAAAUCCAAAUUUCGCCGAUCUCCAUCAUUACCGUCAAGUUCAAAGCUACAAUGUCCCAAGGUUCCAAAGAAGUUGCGAGCAGAUGUCAAGGAUGAAGACUACUAUGCGCCAAAACUCAUUUCUUUGGGUCCUUACUACCAUGGCGAAUCCAAACUCGAGAAUGGAGAAACGCUCAAGCUUAAAUUGGCAGAAGCCUACAUCCAAUUAUGUCAUUCGACAGUGGAUGAAAUUUACGGCACAAUUAGCCAUAGCAUUAGUAAGCUGAGGGGCUGUUAUGAUGCGGAGUCCACAAAGAAAUAUAAGGAUGACGAAUUAACCAUCAUGAUGCUGGUGGACGGGUGUGCUUUACUCUCUUACAUUGUUUGUGUUUGCUUAGGUGGUGACCAUGAAGAUUUCGAUAUGAGAUAUCAGGAUCUAAGCCUUCUGCACCAGGAUGCGUUGCUGCUGGAGAACCAACUUCCCUAUCAAUUACUACAGGAGCUGAUGAAGAUGAUGGGCGGCUCAGAAUCGGCCAAUGAAGCUUGGACAGUACUAUUCCAGGAAUUCUUUGGCAUGAUCGACGAGUCAUUCUUCCUAGAAUUCUUUGGUAUAAAGGAGAAGGAGUACUCAUUCCUGCCAAAAAUGAAGAAUUAUUGCUGCCGCCUGUUCCUGGCAAUCGAGCCGAAACCUGAUGAAGAGUCGAAGACGAAACCUGAUGAAGAGUCAAAGACGAAACCUGAUGAAGAGUCGAAGACGAAAUGUCAUCAUCUCCUCGAUCUCUACCGAAGAAAUUUCCUAGGCGAUGAACGUUCUAGCACAACGCUUUCGAAGGCUGAAAUUGGCAAGAAGGGUCCGGGAUCAGUUGGAGAUGUGAAGGACCAGGUUAUGGCAUCAUUUAGAAAUGUGAAGGAGCUUAUGGCCGCUGGAAUCCGCAUCAAGCGCAGUCCUACACGUCACUUGAGGGACAUUUCUUUCCGUUCAAAUGGGAUCACCGCAUGCCUGAGAAUUCCUCCCAUCACCAUUGAUAACUCAACCAAGGCUAUGUUCUGGAACUUGAUAGCCUAUGAAAUGAGCUCAAACGUCGAACAUGACUUCAUCUCUUACCUUCGCUUCCUUGAUUCCCUCAUUGAUCAUGCUGAUGACGUUAAGGAGCUGCAGUCCGCCGGGUUACUCCAAAACAAUCUAGGCACUCAUGAAGAAGUGGCUGAAUUUUUCAACACAGUGUCCGCCGACUUGGAAUCAAACUUUCAUGCUUACAAAGAUGUGAGAGUCAAGAUUCGGAACCACCUUAAAAGUCACUAUAACAGCAGACUGAAAGUGUGGAUGAAACAAUGCCUGGAGACCUACUUCGGUGGCCCCUGGACUAUCCCAGCUUGGGUUGGUGCUGCUUUGGCCCUUUUCUUGACUGCCGUCCAGACUUACUUCUCAGUCUUCCCUCGUUGA